UCGAGUCAUCUCUAGGGUUCCACUCAAGACUCAAUCCCCCAAUUCUUGGCGGGAACAAACGGAAAAAGGUAAAUAAAAGAAACAAAAUCCAGAGAAAAAGCCCGAGAAAAUCCAAUCCAAGCAGCCGCAUAAGCGACGAAGAAGAUGGGAAAAGACGAGGAGGAGAUGAGGGGGGAGAUAGAGGAGAGGCUGAUCAACGAGGAGUACAAGAUCUGGAAGAAGAACACGCCCUUUCUUUACGAUCUGGUCAUCACGCACGCCCUCGAGUGGCCGUCCCUCACCGUCGAGUGGCUGCCGGACCGAGAGGAGCCUCCCGGAAAAGACUACUCGGUGCAGAAGAUGAUUCUUGGGACGCACACCUCCGAGAACGAGCCCAACUACCUCAUGCUCGCGCAGGUCCAGCUGCCCCUCGACGACGCCGAGAAUGACGCUCGCCACUACGACGACGACCGCGCAGACGUCGGCGGCUUCGGCUGCGCCAAUGGCAAGGUGCAAAUAAUCCAGCAAAUAAAUCAUGAUGGAGAGGUUAAUCGUGCUCGUUAUAUGCCUCAGAACUCGUUUAUCAUUGCCACUAAGACAGUUAGUGCGGAAGUAUAUGUUUUUGAUUAUAGCAAACACCCAUCUAAGCCUCCUCUAGAUGGUGCUUGCAGCCCUGACUUGAGGUUGAGGGGCCAUAGCACUGAAGGAUAUGGUUUAUCAUGGAGUAAGUUUAAGCAGGGCCAUUUAUUGAGUGGCUCUGACGAUGCUCAGAUAUGCUUGUGGGAUAUUAAUGCUACUCCCAAGAACAAAACGCUUGACGCCAUGCAAAUUUUUAAGGUGCAUGAAGGUGUUGUAGAAGAUGUUGCAUGGCAUCUGAGGCAUGAAUAUUUGUUUGGUUCAGUUGGCGAUGAUCAACACCUGCUUAUAUGGGAUCUCCGGACUCCAUCAGUUAGCAAGCCUGUCCAUUCUGUUAUUGCUCAUCAAAGUGAGGUUAAUUGCUUAGCUUUCAAUCCCUUUAAUGAAUGGGUUGUCGCUACGGGGUCUACUGAUAAAACUGUCAAGUUGUUUGAUUUACGCAAGAUCGAUAUUGCACUCCACACCUUUGAUUGUCACAAGGAGGAGGUUUUCCAAGUUGGCUGGAAUCCAAAGAAUGAGACUAUCUUAGCUUCUUGUUGUCUUGGUAGGAGACUCAUGGUGUGGGAUCUUAGCAGGAUUGAUGAAGAGCAAACACCAGAGGAUGCCGAAGAUGGACCGCCAGAGUUGCUUUUUAUUCACGGUGGGCACACGAGUAAGAUAUCUGAUUUUUCCUGGAACCCAUGUGAAGAUUGGGUUGUUGCUAGCGUAGCGGAAGACAACAUACUUCAAAUCUGGCAGAUGGCAGAGAACAUCUACCAUGAUGAAGAUGAUUUACCUGAAGAAUCUACCAAGGCUGCUUAGUGUAAUUUUUCCAGUAUUUGACGUACCUAGACAAAGUAGCCAGAAAAAGAAAUAGUCAAGGGGCAACUGGUUGGUGUUUUCCUUGAUUUGCUUUUGGUUUCCCAUGACCUCCUUAAGUCUCUAAGCUGAGCUUCCCAUGAUGUAUUCAACCAUGCAUACUACUCGUUAUGAUUAGCAGUGAAAAUGUUUCUGAUUCAUUGUACUUUCAGUUCUUCAAUCACAAAUUAGCAAUGAAACACAUGUAUUUCGAAUUUUA